ACCUUUUUCUUUCUAAUCGAUCUUUCUCGUGAAACAAACACUCUGGUUUCCCUGUGAGUGCUGAAAACUGUGGUGAUCGCAACGAUGAUGGUGAACAUGAUGAGUCGCGGUGGUUCUACCCGGGUGGCCAACACUGCACUGCUGGCGGCGUCUCACCGUUUGUUUUCAACGGUGAAGGGUUUAGGUGGUGAAGUUGGUGGUGGUUCUUAUUAUCUGGUUAGAGGAACUGCAGUUUAUGGGAGUGGUGUAAGGAACAAGAGCACUUUGGCUUUUUCAGACAAGGACAACAAUGAAGAGAAGAAAAGGGUUGAUUUGUCUAAUUCUGAUCACAGCAGUGCUGCUCCUGGUGAGAACAAAGAGCAAAAAGGGAUUGUGAGUUAUUGGGGAAUUCAUCCCUCUAGGAUUACCAAACCUGAUGGCACUGAAUGGGGGUGGAAUUGCUUCAAGCCAUGGGAGACUUACAAAUCAGACCUUUCCAUUGAUCUGAAGAAGCACCAUGCCCCCACCACCUUUUUGGACAAGAUGGCUUAUUGGACUGUCAGGACUCUCAGAUUCCCCACUGAUCUGUUUUUCCAGAAACGUUAUGGAUGCCGAGCAAUGAUGCUUGAGACUGUAGCAGCUGUGCCUGGCAUGGUAGGAGGCAUGAUGCUCCAUUUCAAAUCCCUGAGACGAUUUGAGCACAGUGGUGGUUGGAUCAAAGCAUUGCUAGAAGAAGCAGAGAACGAGCGUAUGCACCUGAUGACCUUCAUGGAGGUAUCAAAGCCAACAUGGUAUGACCGUGCUCUAGUGUUGAUUGUCCAAGGCAUCUUCUUCAAUGCAUACUUCUUGGGCUAUAUGCUCUCACCUAAAUUUGCCCACCGUGUGGUUGGUUACCUUGAGGAGGAAGCAAUAUACUCCUACACAGAGUUUCUGAAGGAGCUGGACAAGGGUAACAUAGAAAAUGUUCCAGCUCCAGCCAUUGCCAAAGACUAUUGGCAGCUCCCACCAGACUCAACUUUAAGGGAUGUAGUCAUGGUUGUCAGAGCUGAUGAAGCACAUCAUCGUGAUGUCAAUCACUUUGCAUCGGAUAUACAUUACCAAGGACGAGAGUUAAGAGAGGCUGCUGCUCCAAUUGGUUAUCACUAAAAAGUUUCUUUGCCUGUUUUGGUGUCGGAGUGUGAAAAUUAAAGACACAAACUCUGAAGUCAUCUGGGCUAUAGAAUAAAUAAAAUUGCUGCUGACUACAUAGUUUUUGGUUUCCAUCACAAAGUAAAUAGUGUGGAGUGUUUAUUGGUUCAAAGUAUUUUUAAUUCUACUGUACACUCUUGAGGGUGCAAGUGGUUAUACGAUAUCUCGGAGAGCUCCAUGAUAUAUGUUCUGCUUAAUAAUUCAAU